AUGUGGGCGCGUUCGUGUUUCCUCACGAGACUCGUCGCCUCAUCCGUCAAAAUUUCCGAGACGGCCGGCGGCGUGAUCAAGGAAAUUCUUUGCGGAGGCGAGCUGAAAAUCGUUGACAAGGGCGGAAAUGGCAAACCCGCAGAUCUACAGACCGAAGCGGACCGAGCGGCCCAGUACUGCAUAGUUCGUUCCCUGCACAAGGUCUUUGGCGAUAAUUUGACAAUUAUUGGAGAGGAGGAUGUCACCUCCUACACGCCGAAAAUUGAAGAGAGUUACUGCGCGAAGGUCUUGUCGCUCGACGAGCGGUGUCCGGCCGAUUUGCGUGGAAUUAAACCGGAAGAUGUGGUAAUUUGGGUCGAUCCGCUCGACGGCACCGUCGAGAUCGCAAACGCCGCAAAGAAAACACCCGCCGUACUCGCCCAAGUGACGGUGUUGAUUGGGAUCGCGUACAAGGGACGCCCUGUAGCCGGCAUCAUUCAUCAGCCCUACUACGAGGGUCAUGAAACCGGGCGGACAGUGUGGGCGAUUAACGGUGUCGGCACGUACGGCAUGGACUAUGUGAAAGCUGACAAUAAGCAACAAAAAGUGGUGGUGACGACAAGGAGCCACGGCACCUCAUCAGUGGACGCAGCCCUCGAUGCGUUGAAUAAGAAGGGACUCGCGGAUCAGGUCGUUCGGGUUGGAGGCGCCGGGUAUAAGGUGAUGCGCGUGCUAGAAGGGGCGGCGGCAUACGUGUUUGCCAGUCAGGGCUGUAAAAAAUGGGACACGGCAGCAUGUGAGGCGGUGAUUGAGGGCUCAGGUGGUCGUCUAACAGACAUCAGCGGCCGGAUGCUCAACUACGACAAGGGCGUGCAGCUGAACAAUUCUGGCGGCGUGUUGGUGACGUCUUGCUGGGUUGAUCAUCAGGAAUACCUUGGCAGCAUACCGCAAUCCCUGAAAGACGGACUGCCCGAAUUCCAGGCGAAGAAC